CUGUCACUACUACACCGGCUGGCCGUACAGUGAUCACACCAGCAGCGGCUCUACAGUGAUCACACCAUGGUUUACCACUUGCCCAAGUUAAACAGUGAGAUAGUGAGAAGUUUCUACAUGGGAGUAUGCUUUAUGGUGUUAUUUUCUGGAUUCUACACUUUGUCAAACUUGGAGAAAUUGUUCCUUGCGUCUACGCAGGCAGAAAAUCCAUCAUUUACAGGAGAUGGCUACGUCAGUCUGGCCAUUCUCUACAUUGCCUUCUCCAUAUUCAUGUGGGUGGUGCCCUCGAUUGUCAGCUUAUGUGGUCCAAAAAUAACACUCAUCAUUGGAUCUUUGGGUUACAGUUUGUUCAUAGCAUCGUUCCUGACAGAGUCGGCUUGGCUUCUCUAUGUUGGGUCAGUGUGCUGUGGCGUUAGUGCCUCCAUGCUGUGGACCACCCAGGGCAACUAUAUGGUGCUCAUCUCAUCCAGCCUGACGCUCACAAGGAACUUAGCCAUAUUCAACAUCAUAUGGCAGUCUGCAAUGUUUUAUGGAAAUAUUUUUGCCUACUUAGUGUUGGAGGGUAAAGAUCACUUAGACAGAGAUACAAGGACCACUGUGAUCCUAGCGCUGCUGGGCAUCUCUAUAGCUGCCACAGCCAUCAUGUGCUUUCUGCCCACUCCGACGAGUAGCGACGGGAAGAAGAUCAAGGAAGACCACGGAGGUCCUAUUGUGGCUCUCAAGAAAACUUGGGAAAUAGCAACAACAAAGUAUAUGUUGAUACUAUUUAUUUCUUUUGUUUAUAUGGGUCUUCAGAUCUGCUUCAUGUCUGGUGUAUAUGGAUCAUGUGUGGGAUUCACCAAACAGUUGGAUCACUCCAAACAGCUUGUUCCACUCAUAGGGUUGAUAAUUGGAGCUGGCGAAAUUAUUUCUGAGAUUGGACUGAUCUGCCUGGGCAAGAGGGUUGCCAAGUGGAGAUAUGGACAGACCACCGUUGUGCUUGUAGCCUUGAUUAUUGAAUAUGCAGCGUUUGUCAUGGUUUAUCUAAAUUUGCCUAACAACUCUGUAUUCGGGGAAACUGAUGACUUGAGUAUUUUGCCGGCCAGCUGGUGGAAUGCAGUUGUUGCUGCGUUACUUAUUGGAUUAUCAGAUGGAAUAUACAUGUCCAUGAUUCCAUCUAUUGUUGGAACAAUAUUCCCCAACGACAGCGUAUACGGAUGUGCCAUGUUCACCUUUGUCUUUAGUUUAUUUUCUGCAGUGGGUUUCUUCAGCAGUAAUUACAUCGGCCUCUACUGGCAGCUGCUCGUCCUGACCAUCACUGGGACUCUCGGAGCCUUCUGCUACAUCUACGUCAGCUUGGACAUGCACAGGCGAGCUGAGCAAGACAGGAAAGAACAAACAAAACUUUGAUGUUAUUGGACUUUGGUGUUUAAAAGUACGGGUCGUCAGGUAUAGGGUGAGGUUUAUUAGUCCAGGAGUUGUAGGCACUCCAAAAAGCAUCCCCCAUGAUAAAUUUAGGGUUGGACAGACUAUGAUAAUCAACUAUCUUUAUCUGAGAGGGUUGAUCUGUGACUAUAUAUAGCUAUAGGAUCUACAAUAUUAUUUUGUGCACUAGAGGUUCAAAAAGAUAAGAAGGAAAAAAGAAUGAAGGCAUAAAGUUAUUGUGAUGUGAUUUUCUACAAUAUCCCAAAAUUUGUUAACAUCUACUUGAGAUUAUUUGAAAGAUCUCAAAUUUACUUUCAGUAUUGAAUCAGCAUUAAACACACUGUUGUUGAGUGCUGAAGUCAUAGUCUGAUUCUACAUAAUGAGCAUGCACUAUGGUUAAAAAACACUGACAGCACCAACACAAUAAAUGAGUUUCCAUAA